AUGGGAAGUCAAAGCAACCACCUCCUCAAGGUUCACGAAUUAUGGAGGCUUUUACGGCAGCGAACAAAAGAGGGGAGCUAUGAGUUGGAUGGACAACACUUGCACAUUGCCGAGGUUGUAGCGACCGCACAACAGGGCUCCAUACCUCACCUUUCUCAAGACCCGAAGCUCAAUCAAUCCUUACAGGAUAGCGUGGACGUUUUGUUCGACCAUCUAUCUAAGGGGUGGUACGUCUAUGGUGUAAACACUGGGUUUGGAGGCAGUGCGGAUUCGCGCACAACUGAGGUUAUCGAACUUCAGAAGUCAUUGAUGCAGCACACCCAGAGUGGAAUUCUUUCGCGUCCUUCUGAUGGCUCAAAGAUUCCCGGGCAUUCUAUGCCGCUGGCAUGGGUGCGGGCUGCAAUGGUCGUGAGGUGUAACUCUACCCUCCGGGGCCAUUCGGCGGUCUCGUUCCUUACCAUCAAAGCAAUGGCAAACUUGCUUGAAUAUCGCCUUACUCCUGUUGUACCUCUCCGAGGCUCUGUAUCGGCUUCGGGUGAUUUAAUGCCCCUCGCCUAUGCUGCUGGUAGUCUGGAAGGCAACCCGGACAUUUUGCUCGAAAGGAAUGGCAAAGUGCAAGCGUCACAUUUGGCCCUGGAAGAAGCUGGACUUCAGCGUAUUUCCCUAGGCCCAAAAGAAGGGUUGAGUUUAAUAAAUGGAACAUCUGCAUCUGCAGGUUUAGGGGCUUUGGUUGUGGCCGAAUCACACUUCCUGGCACUACUCACCCAGGUUUUGGCCGGUGGGGCUGUUGAAGCGCUCCGAGGUAGUUCUGAGAGUUUUCACCCUUUUAUAGCAGAAUCACGGCCGCAUCCCGGUCAGAUUGAAUCUGCUCGCAAUAUUCACUACUUUCUUCGUGGCUCCCAUCUCUCUCGAGAUGUGCUUGAACCCAAGAACCGGCGACGUGAAGACUUAGUGCAAGACCGAUACUCUCUUAGAAGCGCUCCCCAAUGGAUCGGUCCACAGCUAGAAGACUUACUUCUCGCAGACCAACAGAUCAGCAUCGAGCUCAACUCUUCUUGUGAUAACCCACUUGUUGACAGCGUUGCUAGUGACAUUUACUAUGGCUGCAACUUUCAGGCCGCAUCUGUGACCUCAGCCAUGGAAAAGGUCCGUCUGGCUUUGCAAAUGUUCGGCCGGAUACUCUUUGCACAGAGCACUGAGAUGAUUGACCCUCACCUCAGCGGGGGUCUGCCGGCGAAUCUUGCUGCUGAUGACCCCAGUCUGUCAUUUACUAUGAAAGGGGUAGAUGUCAAUAUGGCUGCCUACAUGGCUGAAUUGUCUUAUCUUGCCAAUCCACUGAGCUCUCAUGUGCAGGCUGCAGAGAUGCACAAUCAAUCUGUCAACUCUAUGGCCCUCGCGUCCGCACGCAUGAGCUUUGAUGCUGUUGAUAUUUUAACAAAGAUGAGUGCAUGCAGUGUCUAUGUUGUCUGCCAGGCGUUGGACCUCCGAUCUCUUCAUAUCAAAUUCUUGACGGAAGCCACCAAAUCUAUCUCCUCCGUUACCGCGAACCUCUUCUCUACAACAAUAGAUGCUCAACAAUUAGAUUCCUUACAGAUAGCUUUACAGGCUCAUACCACUACUGCAUGGGCAUCUACAAGCAAGUUGGACCUGCGGGUCCGCUGUGAAUUAUUGGUCAACUCAGCUGUACCCAUUGUCGUUUCCCAUGCAAAUGGUGCAGUUGCAGAUGUUGUUCAAUGGAAGGAACAGGCAACAAAUGCGGUUCAUGAAACUUGGAAAACAACCACCAAAGCUUUCUCAGAAGCACCGCAUACCCCACAACUUUUAGGCAAGGGGUCGCUGGCAUUAUACGAAUUCGUACGCAAUAAGCUCGGCGUACCAUUCCACGAGGGCUUUGUUGAGCACCCUACUACUGACAACAACACGCUGCGUGGCCGUCCAAAGAGAACAAUCGGAGGAUGGAUUUCCAUCAUUCAUGACAGUAUUCAAGAUCACUCCAUAUAUGACGGAUUAUUGGCUCUAGUCGAAGAAGGUUUAUUGAAUUCUAAAACCGGAACCAAUGGUAGCAAUGGGACGAACGGUGAACAUCAAGUGGUCGAAUAG